GCAUGUAUAUCGCAUCAAUUUAAUCCUCAUCCGUGUACUGAUUUAUGCUCGCAUUGGAAUUCGACGUUGUUAUAAUAUCGCAUGCACAAAAAUGGACUGUAAUUGUUAAAAGGAAGUGAAAUUCCUAAAACCUCGUGAUUCCGUGAAGAUGAGUCUCGCGGCCGAUUCCCCUGCGCACUCGUCCAGCAGCGAUGACUUUGCUGCCUUCUUAGAUGAAGAGUUGGAAACUGCUUCUGGCACAUCAUCUGAGCUGGAAGCAGAAGUGGAAGAGGAAGACUGGAAGGAUGAUGAAGAAGAACAAGAUGAAGAAGAAAAUGAAGAUCAGGGAGAAGAAGAUGGUGGCAGUAAAGACAACUCAGAUUCUUCUAGGAUAAAAAGGCUCAAGGUGGGAACCUAUGAAGACACAGGGAAUCCAGAGAGUUCAACAUCUCACAGAGAACAUGCAGAGACUUCACGUGUUUCAGUUAAGACGGAUAUGUGUACACAUCCUGGUGUUAUGGGUGGAAUGUGUAUACGAUGUGGGCAGUUAGUGGACAAUGAAUCUGGUGUUUCAUUCGGGUACAUCCAUAAGAAUUUAAGGCUUGCUCAUGAUGAGGUUGCUAGACUACGUGAAAAAGACUUGAAGAAUCUGCUACAGCAUAAAAAACUGUAUUUGGUUCUUGAUUUAGAUCACACAUUACUAAAUUCAACUAGGCUCUCAGAUAUUUCAGCUGAAGAAGAAUACCUAAACAAUGCUCUUCCUGAUGCUUUGAAAAGCAGCCUUUUUAGGUUAGACAGGAUCUACAUGAUGACGAAGUUGAGGCCCUUUGUGCACGACUUUCUGAAAGAAGCAAGUGACUUGUUUGAGAUGUAUAUCUAUACAAUGGGUGAGCGUCCUUAUGCACUAGAAAUGGCAAAAUUACUUGACCCUGGAGAUGUAUACUUCCAUUCUAGAGUGAUUGCACAGGGAGAUUCAACUCAGAGACAUCAAAAGGGCCUUGAUAUUGUUUUAGGGCAAGAAAGUGCUGUCCUGAUCCUUGAUGAUACUGAAGUGGUAUGGGGAAAGCACAAGGAGAAUCUAAUACUUAUGGAGAGGUAUCAUUUUUUUGCUUCAAGUUGUAAGCAAUUUGGCUUUGAUUCUAAGUCACUUUCACAAAGUAAGGCUGAUGAAAGUGAAGAUAGUGGAGCACUUGCCACUGUUCUUGCAGUUCUUAAACGGAUCCAUGGUAUUUUCUUUGACCAGAAACGCAAAGACAAUAUGCUAGACCGUGAUGUGAGAGAGGUGCUAAAAGGAGUCCGGAAAGAAGUAUUGGAAGGUUGCAAAAUCGUUUUCAGCCGGGUUUUCCCAACUAAAUUCAAGGCAGAAAAUCAUCAGCUUUGGAGAAUGGCUGAGCAACUAGGAGCCACAUGCUCCACCGAAGUCGACGAGUUUGUCACACAUGUGGUCUCACUGGAUGCCGGGACUGAAAAGUCACGCUGGGCACUGAAGCAGAAUAAAUUUGUAGUCCAUCCCAAAUGGAUUGAAGCUUCCAACUACCUAUGGAAGAAGCAACCCGAGGAGAAUUUCCCAGUUAGCACAACAAACAGCAAAUAGUUAAACCUUAUCGAAUCCAUGCUUGAAUUGUAAAUGUUAAGCGGAGUAAUUGAUAACGAUUCAUUUUGUUUACAAACAACAUUUGGUUGGUUUAUUCUGCUAUAUAACGACUAGGUGAGACAUGUUAUAAACAAGAAGUGCGUUUAAUGUUGCAUAGUCAUUUUUUAAAGCA